AUUCAAGCUUUGCAAAGCUUGAAAUUUUGGCCUAAGACACCAUUUGCGUAUAAUCUGUGUUCAUUUGAACAAUAUCAGUUCAGUUUUCGACUACAACCCCAGCAACUAAGUCAAACCUACUUCAAAGAGCUUUGUCAAAAAUACUAAUUUUUAUAAGCAUGUGUAUUAGUUUAUAUGUGUUAUUUUCAAUUGUAAUUAGAUCUCUAAAUAUUUUACCAAUCAACCCCAAAAAUGGACGAGAGUAACGAAUUUAUACUCAACAGUGAUUGCCUGCUGAAGAUUUUAGACUAUGUGAUUGCUGAUUGCAAGUCGAAUUUCACAAUCGACAGAAUGCUGAAGUAUAAUGAUUUAAUCAACUUUGUGUUGUCGCAUGAGUUUUUUCUGGAAUCGCAUGCGACUUAUCACAAACUUCUGUACAAGGAACUCGAGUUGGCCUUUGCGUGCAGAAUCACAAAGAUUCUUAUAGAUCUGCGAGUCAAUAGGUCAGCACACAGGACUGAACCUUUCUGGAUAUCCCUUCUGCAAUCUAUAAGAGAAAAAAAUUCUUUCGAUGUCGAAUUGUCUCUUAGCGAUGUGUGCAUAAAAAUUGACAUUAAAGGCCUCGCAGACAAUCUCUCAUACAGCGAACAAGUAGAGAUAAAUGUAGAUAUUACUGCAGAAUGCAUUCACUGACAUUUGCAUAUUAAACCCAAAUUUAAGGAAGUUGACACUUGAUGGCACUAAAAUUCAUAGGAUAGUCUCCGGAAUCGCACCCCAUUGCGAAAAUCUUGAGGAGCUGGAAAUCUACCCAGACCCGGAACUCGGUGCUGCCCCAUAUGCCUCGUUUGCUAAGCUACCCAAUCUUAAGACUUGUACUUUCAGUCCAGUCCAGGAAAACACUUCAAAGUUCUUUAAUGAUUUAAGAGAAUGGCACAGACCUAAAAGUCUAGCACCUUCAACUCUGGCAAUCGAGUACCGUUUGGGCGAAAUAAGCCAGUCAAUUACGUUUGCGACUUUUGACUCGUUGCAAUCUCUGUACACAUACAUAAGAACUAAGUACCCCUAUGAUUUUAUUUUGAAAGUUCAGUACGAUUUGAGGGAGAUAUCGAUAUCGAAAAGCAGUAUUUCAAUUGAGGAAUCUCUCGCAACCAUAACGUUCGAUGAAAACGUCUUCAUUAAGUUUGACAAGUCCAAUGGAGAGCUUCAGUUAAAGCCACUAGAAGAGUCGGACAUUAGCAAAAUGGGUUCAUUGUCAAAGCUGCCAAAUCUAAGUCGGUUGGUUAUAGAUAAUAAAGGGGUACGACUUAAAUCACUUGCCAAGUUUCUUCGAUUCAUGGUCCCAAAAGGAUCGUUUGCUUUAAAGUACUGCAAUAUAAAAAAUCCUAUAAACAAAUUUAGUUGCAUAGAACUUGCUAAAAUAAGCUCGAUUCGAUUUCUGGCUUGUCGUAUCUCCGAUUGCUCUUUACUUAAGUAUAUUAAUCAAUUAACCAACCUAGAACACCUGGUCAUAAAGGCCCGCGACUCCUUUGAUCGCAGUACUUUAAAACUAAUCUCCAAUCUACUAGAUAAAUGUAAGGUUGAAGCAACAUUAUGCUGCCCAGACUUAUCCAUCUCCUUGAAAAAGAAAGAAAAAAAGCUGGUAAUUGAUCUCGGAGAUAGGUGUAGGACUGAAGUUCUAACACCCCUUGCUCAACUUAAGGACGUUAAGACCCUGCAUAUCUCAAGGGUCCUAUCAUUUCAUGGAUCACUAAAUCCACUUUUUAAGGCAUUCGCCAGCAGCAAGUUCUGUGCGAUCGAGGAACUAGAUAUCGGCAUACUGGAAGAGUUAUGUUUCGAAGAUGUCUCAAGCAUGGCAGAUAUUCAAACUAUUAAAAAGUUGGUGUGCUCGCUUUCAAAUUUCACUGGAAUUGAGAAACUGGCCAGCUUGAAUAAUCUCGAGGAGUUGCGUGUGUUUGGAAAUGGAAAUCUUGCCCAACUUUUUACAAAACUGGCUGAGAAGAAUGUAAUACAAAAAGUUUUACAUUUAUCUAAAAUAGUUCCCGAAGAGGUAAUAGCACUUUCCCGAAUUGGGUCACUGAAAAAACUAGAGUGCUAUUUUUCUGAAAUGGAAGAUCUACAAGCCCUUUCCGAGUUAGCUAACUCGAGUAUUGAAAACUGGUUGUUGACGUAUCACGUUCAACUGGCGGUAGUUCCCUACAGAAUUUAUUUGCGGCGAUCUCUUCAAAUAGUACAGCCAGGUUGCAGAGUUUAAAAAUUGAGUUUGAAUCUUUUCAAAUUACAGAAAUGGCGGAAGUUUCUAAAAUACAAGGUCUUAAGAAAUUAAAAGCUAAUUUCUGCAAUUCCGAGUGUGCACAACUGUUAGUUCGCCUGCCAAAUCUAGAACACUUGGAAAUCACAAAUUCUAACGAAAAUUUAAUAAAAUUGGAAAAUCCCUUAAGGGACUUGGUACUCAAACCACAAUCUGCACUUCGAAAACUGAAGAUAAGAAUCCCGCUUGGCUUCAAUGAAUGUAAAUAUUUGUCCCAAAUCGAAACUUUGGAGUCGUUAGCAUGCAAUUUGCGCGAUGAGGUCGGCAUAGAAGUUUUGGCGGACAUAAAAAAACUAAAAGAACUAAACAUUAAUGGUGCUGAGGGCUCGCUUAGUGGACUUUUUCGGGCUUUUGCAAACAACAGAGAGUCAACUCUACAAGAACUGACUACACAAUUUAAAAAUUCUGAUGAGAUCUGUGAGAUAUCGAAAAUUAAGUCUCUAAAGAAACUAUUCACUUUUGACCACGAGAGUACAUCCGCCAACUUCUCAGACCUAAGUCAACUUACUGAACUUGAUUCAUUGCACAUAAAGAUAAGCGAUCCAUCCGAAAUGCAUAAAAAUAGUCUGUUGCCGAUUUUUCAAUCUUGUCAAAAGCUGGAGUGCGUCAGAUUAUAUUUUGGCGGUAUGUUGAUGGAGGCUUCAAAACUUGUGAGCAAUGUUUACACUAUUUUGAGAUCUAUAAGAGAUCCUGCACUUCAAAAACCGCUAAAACUGGUUCUGGAUGUAUGCACUUUUCCUAAAUUCCAUGUACAAGACAUGGAUGAGGCGUUCUUGAACGUUUGCUACAAGUCGUGGGAUCCGUUUUAUUUUUCAAAUUUCGACUUUGAUUUCGAAAUCUCAGAUGUCGACGAUUCAGAUUCCGACGAUUUAUAUUGCGACGACUCAGAUGACGAUGAUUCAGAUGACGACGACUCAGAUGUCGACAAAUCAGAUGUCGACGACUCAGAUGUCGAUACCUCAGAUGUCGAUAACUCAGAUGUCGACAAAUCAGAUGUCGACGACUCAGAUAUCGAUACCUCAGAUGUCGAAGACUCAGAUAUCGAUAACUUAGAUAUCGACGACUCAGAUGUCGAUAACUCAGAUGUCGACAAAUCAGAUGUCGACGACUCAGAUGUCGAUACCUCAGAUGUCGAUAACUCAGAUGUCGACAAAUCAGAUGUCGACAACUCAGAUGUCGACAAAUCAGAUGUCGAUAACUCAGAUAUCGACGACUCAGAAGUCGACAACUCAGAUGUCGAUAACUCAGAUGUCGACAAAUCAGAUGUCGACAAAUCAGAUGUCGACGACUCAGAUGUCGAUAACUCAGAUGUCGAUAACUCAGAUGUCGACAAAUCAGAUGUCGACAACUCAGAUGUCGACAAAUCAGAUGUCCACGAUUUAGAUUACGACUGAGAUGUCGACGACUCAGAUUAAAAAUUAUGUCUUAUUAAUCUUAAUAAAUCAAUGUUAAUAUUUUAGUAACGAAUUGACUUUGUUGGACCUACAAAAUGUAUGUUAAAACGACCAACA